AGGGAUGGAGGCUUGCUCAAGCUGAAUCCUGUCAGCCUCCAUCCCUCACACUCACCCCACGCCCACAGACAGCCAAAGCCAGCAGAAGGCUGCAGUGAUGACAGGUGAGGAGGAUCACAUCUGUCGGAUUUGCGCACGAGAUUUUUAUUUUUUUAAAUACUUGUCAGAAUCGGCGCAGAUGUGUGCUCAAAACUGAUUCGGUUUAAAAAAAAAAAGUGUAAAUCUACAUUUUUAAGUUAAAUCCGUUUCAUUGUAAAAUACGAUCAAACAAAUAAUAGAUUAUUGUAGCCCUUUACCUUACAGUAUAAAGUGCCUUGAGAUGACUCCUGUUGUGGUUUUCGUUAUAUAAAUAAAGUUUAAUUGAAUUAAUUUUAAAAGUGAUAUUGGUCAUCAUAUCUAUUACUAUACUAUAUUCAGACAUUCAAAUAAGCCCCCUGAAAUAUGUUAAAUGAAAUAUUUAAAUGGAGCUGAAAAAAAUCUGUCUCAAACAUGAAGUAUGAAAAUGCCUUUAAAAGAAAAAGUAUCAGUAUUAGUACAUGCAGUAUCAGACACCACUCAACAUGCUCACAAUUUGUCAUAUGUCCUCUAGAAUCAGUAUAUUUUAUGGUCCUACUUGUGAAAUUUCAUACAAACCGUGUUUACGGAAGUGCGCGCCGUGGGAGAGGCGUGUCCUGGCGACUGUCGUCAUUGGGAGUCCCUCUUCGCUGUUGCCGGCCCACCUGCAGCUGAUUACCUGACCAGUGGUUGGUAAUCAUUCCUCCAGGCUAGAAAGGGGUAUUUAACCUGGACUCACGGCGACAGUCGACGUGGGAUUAUUACUCCGAACUGGUAUAGUCUGUGCGAGCAGUGUGAGUGUGUUAUUCGGCUAGCGUGUGGCUAACGCUGGAUUUUCCUUCUUCCUCCAGGAGGGGCGAGCGGAGGAGCAAGUUGGGGAGCACACACACUAAGGGAGUUACUACACGGAACGCACUGGGAGCAAGGGACGAGCACGAUUGGAAAAUUGCACUUUUGAAUGGAUUGUUGGACUUGUCUGUUUCACUGUAAAUAAACGCACUGUGUUUCUGUGAGCAAGAACCGCGCCUGGGUCCCUCUUUUCCGUGACAGAAUAAUCCCACCACCAUGGACCCAGCGGAUUCUGCUUCACGCCAGCUGUCUAUCCAAGCGGAGGUUUUGGAGCGACACGAGGAAAUGCUGAAGCACGUUUCAAAGGAACAAACCGCGCUUCUGCAAGCCAUGACAGAGCUUAAAGGAGGGGCGAGCGGAGAAGCGAGUUGGGGAGCACACUAAGGGAGUUACUACACGGAACGCACUGGGAGCAAGGGACGAGCACGAUUGGAAAAUUGCACUUUUGAAUGGAUUGUUGGACUUGUCUGUUUCACUGUAAAUAAACGCACUGUGUUUCUGUGAGCAAGAACCGCGCCUGGGUCCCUCUUUUCCGUGACAAACCGUGCAUGACUGGCCCUGCAUGUCACGUGGCCAAACAAAGGUCAAUAAGCCCGUUCAGUAGAGGGUUGUGCCUCCACAUAGGGCAACUGAGCUGCUCAGAUUUUAUCUAGAGUUCAGAGGAAUAUUAGUGAGAGUCUAGGGUACUCAACUCAAUAACAGUCAAUAAAAAAGAAACAUGGAACUCGGAUCAACAGUCAGUGCUGUGAGGAGUACGAGGGUGCUGGAUGGUGACAAAGUACGUCCUGCAGUUGUAGUUAUAAAGGAUGGGAAGAUACAUGAAAUAGUCUCGAGCUGCAGCUUUUCUGAGGAUGUGGCCUGUCAGGUGCUGGAUGUGGGUGACAGCGUGGUGAUGCCAGGCAUUGUAGACUGCCACGUUCACGUGAAUGAACCAGGCCGUACCUCCUGGGAGGGUUUCUGGACCGCCACCAGAGCUGCAGCAGCCGGAGGGGUGACGACGAUUGUGGACAUGCCGCUAAACAGCAUCCCUCCCACCACAACUCUUGGAAAUUUUCACGAGAAGCUGCGGGAGGCAACAGGGAAGUGUUUUGUGGAUGUAGCCUUCUGGGGAGGCGUGGUCCCUGGCAAUCAGCUCCAUCUACGUCCAAUGAUCCAGGCUGGAGUGGCUGGCUUCAAGUGUUUUCUCAUCCAUAGCGGGGUGGAUGAGUUCCCCCAUGUAAAUGACAGCGAUCUACAUACAGCCAUGAAGCAGCUGCAAGGCACAGGAAGCGUCCUGCUGUUUCAUGCAGAGAGGGACGUUUGGGAAGGAAAAGGAGAGACUGGUGACCCUUGCCAGUACUCCACCUUCUUGCGGUCCAGGCCAGACGUCAUGGAAACCGAAGCUAUUCGUGUUGUCACAGAGCUUUGCCUGCAGUACAGGGUUCGCUGCCACAUAGUUCACUUGUCUUCUGCAAAGCCACUGAAACUGAUUGAGGAAGCACGGCAGGCUGGAGCUCCUCUGACUGUGGAGACCACCCACCACUAUCUCAGCCUGUGUGCAGAAGACAUACCUGCAGAGGCCACGCAAUUUAAGUGCUGCCCACCCAUCAGAGGAUCUGUUAACCAAGAGCAGCUAUGGUCUGCGCUGAAAGCUGGACAGAUUGACAUGGUGGUCUCAGACCACUCCCCCUGCACCACCGACUUGAAGAAACUGGACAGUGGAGACUUCACACAGGCUUGGGGAGGGAUUUCUUCUUUACAGUUUGGCUUGUCUCUGUUCUGGAGUUCAGCCAGUAAACGAGGUUUUCAGCUCCUUGAUGUUGUGAGGCUCCUGAGCCAAAAAACAGCUCAGCUGUGUUGCCUCGACAGCCGGAAGGGCUGCCUUGCCCCCAGUUAUGAUGCCGACUUGGUCGUGUGGGACCCAGAGAGAGAGUUUGAGAUUCAAGAAGAAAACAUACAUCAUAAAAACAAGCUGACUCCUUACCUUGGCCUCAAACUGCAAGGGGCCGUGCGCGCCACCAUCCUGAGGGGACGGCUCGUGUACGAAGAUGGCAGCUUCUGCGCCGAACCUCUGGGGAAGCAUCUCCUCAUCCCUCAGAAGACAAAUCAGGCCCAACUGUGAAGCACAAUGACAAGCUGUCAUAAUAAACCUCAAAUAUUCAAUUCA